AAAAACUCUUUAUUUAAAAGGGUUCCUUGGUCAUCACUCCGCUCUCUCCACACUCGCUCACUCUUUCAUCUUCUCUCAAGUUCCUUCGGAGCAACUCUUCCUUCAUCGUCGCGUGGAUUUCAUUUUUCGUUUACACAAUCGCUGAAAAAUGGAAGGAGAAGCAGGAAACGGAGGAUCUCGGAAACGCAUGAAGCCUUCUGAUGAAGAGGGAAAAGGAGAUUCGAGAGAUGGAAUGUGCCUCGAUACAACUGAGAAUGAAGAAACUGAGACGAAACUUGUUGCUUCUGAUGAGAUGGAACUUAACAUUGCUCAGAUUCUCGACAAGAUUGAGAGCUUCACUCAGACUGUCUCUAAUCUGCUUGACACAGGAAAGACAAUGUUCAAGGAACUCAGUAACGAAUUCGAAGAACGCUUGAUCACGAUACACAAGGAGCAUGUUGAGAAAUGGCAGGAAGAGAUCAAGGAAUUGCGUUUGCUUGAUGCAUCUAACGAGGAGACUACUUCUCUCUUACACAACGCUCGCUUCCUCAUUCAGAAUCCUAACAUUGAGCCUUGAGGUAACCAAUCUAAACCCACAAAGGAAGUAGUACUAUCAUCCAUUACUGAGAACAUAUUACAUAUCGCCAACAUAUAUGUGUUUAGUUGGGAAAAUUAGAUUUGCACGAUUUAAAAGCUGUAUCACGUUCUGAAGGAACACAUGGAACAAUCUUAUCAUGAACCUUCUCAGAUAAAGCCAGAAUUGUGUUUUUUUA